AUGUCCAUCUUGUUUCUAUACCUCCGUAUCUUCCCGAUCAUCCUAUUCAGGAGAUUCGACUUCCUCUGCAUUUGUUUCUUGAUCAUCUCAUUCCUAGUCACCACGCCCAUGGCAAUCUGGCAGUGUAAGCCCUUCCGCGCUGCUUGGGAUUAUGAAGUGGAUAACGCCCGCUGUCUCAAUAUCGCAGCCGUAGCAUACGCCAACGCCAUCGUCAACAUGAUAACCGAAGUCCUGAUCUUAAUCCUCCCCCUACCAGUCCUGAGAACCCUCCGCGUCUCACUAAGGAAAAAAAUCGCUAUUAUCUCUGUCUUCAGCGCCGGUGUGAUGGUCAUCGCAAUAGCAUCGGCGCGUAUGCCUGCCCUCGCGAAGAUGGGCACAUAUUACGACCCACCUCACGCCCAAGCCCCCGCGUUCCUGCUUAGCUGUGCCGAGGCAGCCAUGGCGCAUGUCUGUGCCGCUGCACCUGUCAUAUACACGGCUAUUGUACAGAUUAGGCGCUCUCAUUCGAAGGACUCGGAGACGUCUAGGUCUAGUUCUCAAUGGGGUCCGGCUGGGGCGGAUAAGUCAGGCGGAUCUGGACAUUCUAAUAAGAAAGCACAGGGCAUGAUCAACACCUCGAUGAAUAUGUCGGAUGUGGCGAUAAUGGGUCGGGGCUGGAUACAAGGCCAAUGUCGGUCUCAGGGCCCUGUACCUUCAUCUUAUCAUCUUGAGGAUGUUUAUCACUCUGGUCCCGGGUCAGCGGCUACCACGUAUCCCGACAUCACGUAUAAGAAUAGUUAUUGUGGAAGUCGAUUGCCGACUGGGCAGACGGGUUCGUUGCACUCUGCUGAAGUGAAUGAUCCGAUAGGGGACGUAUGA